CUGGCCCGGGCUAGACGGGAGGAGGGAGGCACCCAGGCACUCCUCCCCCUCCCCUCUUCGGCAGCAGAUGGAUUCCAUUCCCCAUCCAUAAGUUCCCAGAGAGACCCGACUCGACCCCCCACACGGAGGAACUCCAGUCUUCCAGUCUCCUCCCUCCAGUCCCGCGCGCUGCCAGGCACUUCCCCAGACAUUCUCCCCUUGGGUCAACAGGAACCUACCCACGUUCAACCCGCGCCGGCAGACAAAAGACAACCUACCUAGCAAGGGCACUUCCUCCGCCUGAUUGACAGCGGCAAUAUUUCACACGGAUUACAUACGAUCCUUCGUUACGACGGGACUACUACUAGUCUGUUCAGCCCUCGGCUGCCUACAGUACCUUGCUGUGCUACAAUCUAGUAUACACCCUCGAUCACGAUUACGACAAAACCACCAAGGAAAAACUGAGUGAUCAGUCAAACUACCUUUACCUACCCCGGUGUUUCCCCACCCGGCUUACGGGCAAUUUGGUUCGACAAUUCAACCACCUGAAAGGUUGAGGUCCCGUUGCUUACCUUCCGUCCAUCCCGAUUGCCGUCCUGACCUCCGUCUUCCGACUCCGCUUCCAAUCCCGAUUCCGGCUGGACUCCUUCCAUCAAACUCAAACGACUCUAGACAUCUUCACAAAGUAGUUCUAGUAGGUCGUCUAGGUCGCCGGGUAUUUCUCCCCCCUAACAAGUCUUGACGAGAAACAACAAACAAUCGCCUUCUCCAAGUUAUCCGCCACGCUACGAACUUCACAGUCCCCGCUCUUACUUCCCCAAAGCUUCUCCUAGUGCGGGGCGGCUUGGCCAGUCUGAUGCCGACGGACCCUUUGUCUUCCACCACCGACUUCUGACCCGAAACCAUACCUACCAGUCAUGAUAUCCUGAGCCUCAGACCAGCUUGUCUCGGCGAGGAAGACUUCUUGUCCCAACACCACCAAGCCCCCGUGGGCGCGCAGUGGCCAGGAUCGGGCCUUCAAUCUGUCUCCCCGCGUUCUGCUCCUGACUUCUGUUACACACUUCGGUUCUUUGCCGGAACAAAAAACCAUCACCGGGCAAACUUGCUGUUCCUCUGGAUCGUGUACCACCCCCCUCCAAGACAGGCGACCCUGAUUUGUUCUUGUUCGUGGCCCAGGCAGUUCGACCGCCGUUGCGCCAGCCCUCCAUCCUCUAGCCCCUCCUAUCCCGGCGCGUGUCACCUUGACCGACACCAAGUGCGACGUGACCCUACCGAGGCCGGAGUCCCCCAUUCACAAACCAGGCCAUCAUGACUUCGGUGCUCCCAUCACAGUCUUCCGAUAUCAAACCUCCUCAUUCAGACUGUCUCCCAGACGGAGCCAUGCCUCAGUAUCAGGAGCCCACGCCUCCUCAUAAUAUCAAGCAGGAAGAUGAACAAGAGCGGGGCCGUCGUCGUAGUCGAUCUGAUGACAAAGAUGUCGAAGGGCUCGACCUAGAGGAUAUGGAAGACGGUGAUGGAAAUGGGAAUGAUGCCCACUCGUCCAAUGAGGAAGGGCCCGCAAGGAAACGACGCAGAAGCCGCAAGGGUCUGGACAAGAAGUUCGAGUGCCCCGAGCAGGGUUGCGGGAAGAGCUACUCCAGGGCAGAGCAUCUUUACCGGCAUCAGUUGAACCACAACCCCAAACAGGUAUACAAGUGCGGAAUUGGUGAUUGUCAACGGACAUUCGUGAGGCUGGACCUUUGCAACCGUCAUAAGGAACGCCACACAGCCAAAGGAUCAGCAUUGAGCAGAAAAGACUCCUUGAUGUCCCUGGCCUCCCCGACAACAGAUGGCCGUCCCCCUUUUAUGACCCAGGGCUCUGCAUCUCCAGAAACGAACCGUCUGGGUAAUGGUAAAGGCAGGACCCUUUCCAUGCAGUUCAACUCACCCAAGGAUGCCAUGGGAAGCCCAUAUACGCCCAUGACUGCCAGCGCACCCACAAACGGCUACUCCAAUGGCAUCGACUACAUGCAGCAUGAUGCUCACUAUCAGCACAUGGCAGGACAAAGAUCUCUUCAACAUUCGCCAACUGGACCUCAACGGCCGUCAGUGCAGACAAAUGUUGGCCCUUAUGGGGUGCUGUCUCCUGUUUCAACGCAGCCGGGGUACCAUGGUCAUUCUGUCAACACAUCGCAGUCUGCGGUCCCAUAUGUCACACCGCAGAAUUUUCCUCCUUUUAGUUUACCUCCAUCAGAUUUCGCUACGACGUCUCCCGCAGCCGUUGUAAGCAGGGAAGCCCAACAGCAAGCCUAUGUGCCCCUGACGACUGCAGAGUCUUUUGAUCACCACCCGCAAGAUACUGGGGAGAUUGUGCGGCUGGAUCAGAUGAGUAUGCAGCAGACAAUGCCGGUCUUUGGCACUGACAGCAUCCUCAACAAGUCACCAUAUGUUGGAAUGCCUGAAGAUUUCAUGGCCUACCUGUUCAACACCCAUGGUGAAGGAUCACCCACCGUAGUUCCUGUCCAGGGGCUAAAUUAUGGGGAGUUCUCGACCAACCAGUAUCCGUUCUACAAUGAUCCUAGUCAGAUGGGCUACUUCCCACAAAUGGCUCCUCAACAAAUCAUGUCCGUCGAGAACCUUCUGGACCAAAACCUCCCCGAAUCAGUAAUUUCCGAUCCGAAGAGCGCCGAGAUAUUCGAACUUAUUAAGGAAAGGUUUCACGAAAAUGGCCAUACGCCGAUUGAGAGGCAACGCGACAACAUUCUCGAGGGCGACCGCAACAACGAAAACCACAUGUUGAGCCGGAAGAUGAUGCAAGCCUACAUUGUGUCCUACUGGCUCCAUUUCAGCGACCAGAUUCCCAUCCUUCAUAAGCCUACCUUUUCUCCCGACAAAACACCAAACUUGCUCCUGAUCGCCAUGAUGACCAUUGGCGCCGCAUGCCUGGAUAAGGCGUACGGUCAGAAAGUCACCAAGGCGGGUGCCGAGCUGUCCAACUUUUUAGCCUGGCAUCUUAGAUGGGAGAUGUUCCAGGACCCCAACUGCCGGCCGCCAGCCAAGCUUUGGGUGUUCCAGACGCUCCUGCUUCUCGAGCUGUAUGAGAAGAUGUACUCGACGAGAGAAUUGCACGAAAGAGCCCAUAUUCACCACGCCACGACUAUCACGUUGAUGCGUCGUGGCAGGGCCUUGAUCGGCAAGUCGGCUUUGGAUUCUCCCCCGAACCCGAGAGAUGAUAAAACCAAUGGUUCGAGACAUUCGUCAACAUCGGGCAUGGCCCACACGCCAGACGAGUGGUGGAAUCAUUGGAUUACCAAUGAAGCGACUCGUCGUGCAGCAUUUGCAGCCUUUGUAAUUGACUCGAUUCACGCCACCAUGUUUGGCCAUUCGACCGUCAUGGUGGCCCAUGAGAUGCGCCUACCACUACCGUGUGACGACAAGCUUUGGAAGGCAAAGAGUAGCGCAGAGGUGGGAAAGAUUGAGGCGGAGCUCAUGUCACAGGGCAAGCCGAUCGGGUUUCUUGAUGGGCUCAAGCGGACGUUGAACGGCCAGACGGUGCAAACCAACUCAUUCGGUCGCACCAUUCUGAUGGCGGGUCUGCUGAGCGUCAGCUGGCACAUGAACCAGAGAGACCUCCAGGUUAAUUCCCUUGGGGCUACCACGGCUCUUGGAGGUCGCGACAAGUGGCGGACCACGCUUACCCGCGCGUUCGAUUCCUGGAAGAAGGAAUUCGACCGGGCUUUAGAGGAGAAGCGAGGCGACAUGGCUGACCCUUAUUUCUUUGGAGUCAGGGGCAACGAGACCGACGUGGUAUUCGAAAGUCGCGUUGUCUUGCACCAUUUGGCGCACAUGGCCAUGCACAUCGACAUUGUCGACUGCCAGAUCUUUGCCCGAGCCAAGCGCCUGUUGGGUCGAGCAAUUGGCGCGCAAGAUCUCAGCAGCGCUACACGUCGCAUGAAAGACCAGUGGGCUCCCUCGGCCAAAGCCCGCGACGCAACGUUCUACGCCCUGCAAUUCUUGCAAUCCGUUUUACUCCCGACGGGCUCUGGCUCUCCCCAAUCCAACGGCUACAGCAGCCAUAUGGACGAAGAAUACUCGGCCCGCGACGACGUCCUCCUCAACCGACCCUGGGUCUUGUACUUUGCCGCUCUCGUGGUGUGGUGCUACGGCUAUGCUCUGGAGGGUGCAUGUCCCGGGCUUCCCAUGCCGACUACCCACCAGGAUGCCGUCCGGCAGAUGCGCGAGUACCUGAUCAAGUAUGGCAGCAUUCAGUCGCCGGAGGAUCUCAAGUCGAUGAGGGGUAUCAACCAGAAUACGGCGCUGUUGGUGGUGUUGAAGGACACAUUCCGAGUGACGAGGUGGGAAUUGCUUCACGAGGGUGCCACACUGUUAAAUAACUGCAUUCUUUUGAAUGCUGGGGCAACAGUGCCUUGAUUGUAGGUAGUCUUUGCAACUCUCAUGGCUUGGGUUUUACGCGCUCCGUAUUCCAAUCUUGCCAGCGAAGGGCGUAGUUUUUGGCGGUGGCAGGCGAUUAUGAUGUUCUAGGGGAACCAAUGUUGAUGUUGAAGGUAUGACGAGCUGAGAUGAUGGCAUGGCGGUACAUGAAGGGGAGCGAGUUGUAUACCUACAAGAGGACAUUUGUUGCGUUUGUGGUGGAUGGGCCUCCUUCUGAGUUGUUAUUCUUUCACCACACAUACUUCAUUUCAUGUAUACCCCAGCUGUAUGUUUUGUGGUUUUCAUUUUCUCAAUGUUAUUUUCUCCUUCUCACAAAUGGGUGGCUAGCGCUGCGUUUCUGGCCUGAUUAUAUAACAAAGCACCUCCUCACUUGCUUGCCCUUGUCCCUCGGCUUUACAAGCAUUAUCUCCG